AUGAGUUCCAUGUUUAAGAAGAAGGGCGGGCCAGCCUUCAAACCCAAGAUUCCGUCUGCCCGCCCUCGUCCGGCAUCAGCAGCGUCAGCAGCAGCACCGCGGCCCGAUCCUGUAGAGAAGGUGCCUACCCCCGAGUCGAUACCAUUGGACUCUCCAGAUACCCAGACACCCCUCCAAGAUGGCCCCGCAGUGGCCGCUGAACCGGGCCCCUCCUCCCCUCCGAUCGCAACGACGUCACCGGCGAUGACCGAUCCGCAACCCGCUAGUAAAGAGCCGACAUCUCAAGCCCGAGUAGAAGGACCGGGGGGACAAGCUCAAGCACCCACGCCACCAGCGUCUGCACCGGUCGCAAGCACAAGCACCACCGCCGACGCGCCAGAAGUCAGCUCUGCGCCACCGAAAACAGCAACAGAGACGACCGCCCGCGUGGCUAUCACUCCAGACAUACGCGCCUCGCAGCGACAGUCUGCACGUGCGAUCUCGGAUACACCAGCGCCGGAACCGGUAUCAGAAGAGACUCCGGCACAGAAUGCGACGUCCGAGACCGUGACAGAGCCGCCAUCAGCGGCACCGGCACCAGCACCGAAACCACGAGCAAAACGUGCUGCAGCCGCCAAGCGCAAGGAGACCGAAGACGACACCGCCGCACCCGCCACAGCAGCCACUAGGGAACCAAAGCGGCAACGGAAGAUGCAGCGGACAGAAGGCAACGGUCAAGUGGCCGCCGCAAGGGAGGAGAGCGCACAGCCGGCCACGACCAGGAAGCGGCGCACGCGAUCAACCAGCGCAGCAGAGAAGCGGGCGGCGCGACGGGCCCGUUCGCUGACUCCCGAGGACGCCGAGGAUCAAGUAGUGGAUCUCCAGAAGCUCAAGAUUGGCGGCGGCGCCUCAGCGGGACCUCAAUUCCGUAUCGUAGAUGGCCAGAUCGUUCUGGACCAGUCCUCGCUGGUCAUGGACCGACACGCCCGCGCCGCGGCGACGGCGCAGGACAUGGAGGCCAUAGAAGAGAACGACUUCACCCGGCUCAUCACCAGCAACUCCUUCAUGAACACGUCCAAGCUCCGCGGCCCCAAUAUCUGGACGGCCGACGAGACGGAGCUCUUCUACCGCGGCCUCCGCAUGUUCGGCACGGACUUUGAGAUCCUCUCCAAGAUGUUCCCGGGAAAGCAGCGCCGCCACCUCAAGCUCAAGUUCAACCGCGAGGAACGCCACAACCCCCACCUCAUCGACGCCGCCAUGUGCGGCGUCAAGACCACCAAGAUGGAUAUCGACGAGUACAAGGCCUUCACUGGCGCCGAAUUCGAAUCCGUCGAGUCCAUAGAGGCCGACCAACGUCGCAUAGAGGAGGAGUUCGAGGCCCAGAGGCAGCGCGCCGCACACGAGCAGGAGGAGGCCAUGCGCAAAAAGAGGGAAGAACUCUUUGCCGACGACGAUGACGCAGCAGGUGCCGCUGACAAGGGGAAGAAGAAGAAGGGUAACAAGAAGAAGGGAAGACAGGUUGUCGAGUAUGGUCUCAAUGGGGAGCCCAUCAAUACAUAG